GAAACACAGGACCUGGUGGAGGAUCUCUCGAAGAUUGCGCCGGGAGUUGCGGCAUCAAGCAGCGCUGAGACACUUCGAGUAAUGGCGGGAGGCUGACUCAACGUCCGAUCGCAAGAUGUUGCGCUGGUUGAACUCGCAUGUCUUGGUGUGGCUCCUCGUGGCCGACGUCAUAUCCGCCCAUCAGUUCGGAUGUCCACAGCGCAUCCCGGGACUAACAUGUCAAUGUCACGAACGCUCCCGGGGGCUCGACGUUUUGUGCGAGAAGAGCCCCAUCGAAAGAGUCCGGAGUUUUCUCCUGCGGGUCGCGGAGCAACAAGACGGAGUGGUGUAUCUCAAGCUGAAUGGGAACUACCUCGGUUCGUUCCCAGAGGAUCUGCUCUACGGGCUGGACAUCAAACAUCUCAUGGUGCACGAAGCCAAUAUGAGCUCAAUACAUCGGGAUGCCUUUCAAGACCUUGGCGACAAACUCGAGUCGCUCGAUCUAUCGAAAAACCAUCUCACUGAGGUGCCAACCGAAUCCUUGGAGAACCUGAAGAAACUGGUUUCUCUGAAUCUGAGUUUGAAUCAGAUCACAAUCAUUCGUCCAGAAGCGUUCCGAGGAAUGCGCGCGUUGAUACGACUCUCACUAUACGGAAAUCGAAUACAUAGCAUGGACCCGCAAGCUUUCAAAGGCGUAGGAAUAAACCUCACGAGGUUGAAUCUAGGAGGAAACAACCUCAGUAAAGUUCCAGUUGAAGCGUUCGCCCUCAUAGAGUACCUGCACAGUCUUGAACUUCACGAGAACAACAUCAGCGUUAUUGAGACUCAGACCAUGCCCGAGGCUCUCGACAAACUUAAUCUCGCCGACAAUCAGAUUCGAGUGGUCGGACCAGGAUCCUUCCGGAAAAUCUCGAGUUUACAUCUCCUCGACCUGUCGAGGAACGAGAUCACCGAGAUCCAUCCGGAUGCAUUCAGAAAUGUUUCAGAAUCGAUGCAAUGGAUCAAAUUAGGCCACAACCAUCUGACGGAAAUUCCCACGGUGGCGCUGAGAAACAUGACAGGCCUCCGGGAACUCGACGUGCGAGGCAACAAUAUCACUCGGGUGGAGAAGGACGCGUUCGCCACGUACAACGUCAACAUUCGCUUCCUGUAUUUGAUGAAAAAUCAGAUCGAAUUCCUGCAUCCUGAGGCGUUGGCCAGCCUGCCACGCCUCGAGUGGCUGUACAUGAAUCAAAAUCGUUUGCGGAGAUUAAGCCGGGAGAUUUUCGAGCCUAUCGUCGACACGCUCAUUAUCAUCGACGUCCAUGGAAACCCAUUGGACUGUGAUUGUGACCUUUCAUGGUUCUACAAAUACGCCACAACCAUCGGGAAAAUCGUCGUUUCGCUUCCUCUCGAAACAAAGUGCGAAACCCCGCAGCAUCUGAAAGGCACCCCGUUCAAGAGAAUCGACCUGCCCUGCCUCAACGGUGACGGGGCUCGAGUGGUUCCAAGAGAAGGAAACAUCCUUGUAACGCUCCUCGUUAUUGCGCUGUGGAGCCGAUGGUAGCACCUCGGGCCGGACACCCGACCUGUGAGAAAUCUUGGCAUCAAGUAACCCACAAUCUCGAUGAGCUCGGUCCCGGUUGGAGCCGUUGUUACAGUAGCACAAGCUGGAAGUCCCCUCAGAACCCCCCUUACUUCGCGCGAGGAACGCUUGCAUCGUUUCCGAUCCCUCACUGUUACCGUUCAAAUGAUGUCAUGAGGAAGCGAGUCGAGGAUGAUGAUCGAAGAUUAACC